UAUGUCACUUUGCCAUCUUCAAAAUCAGUGUGAAAUGUUAAUCAAACAACCAACUUACUUUUUCCCCAUUUUCACUCAUUAUCUUAAUUAUUAGGGACCACCUGGUACAGGAAAGUCAUUUGUUGGUAAAGCAUUGCUUCAUUUGCUACUUUCCAUGGAAGUGCCCAAACAUGGCCCCAUACUGAUUGCUACUUACAAGAAUUAUUCCCUUGAUGAAUUUUUGGAGAGCUUUCUGGACAAAAAUCCUGAAUUUAAAAAUGAUGUAGUUCGUGUUGGAAGGAGUAAGGAAGGCACAUCAGAAUUGCUUCAACAGUGCAACUUAUCUCAGCUUACAAGUGGAUCAAUGGAAAAACAAAUGUAUCAGAACCUUAAGGAGCUGGACACGGAGCUGCAUUCGAUAAAAAAGGAAAUUUAUCAGCGUUUCAGUGAAUUGGAGAAUUCUAACCAUUUUACUGCUUCUGUAUUUUUAAAGGAAGCAAAUGAGAAACACUUGAAAUCAUUGCUUAAAGACAAAAAAGAAAGAAUAGAGGGGAUGAUGAAAGAUGAAAACUUCUUAGACAAAUACCAGAAAGAGCUUUUAGAGAUGAUUAAGGAACCUUUAAAGACGUGGAUGCCAAGUGAGAAGGAGUUUGAGAGCUUUGCACGCAAUGCAGGCAUACCUGAAGCUGUCCAAAGCAAUACAGAAGGUCUUCCAACCGAUGCAAACAGCAAUAAUCAGCUGAAUGACAGUGGCAGUACCAUUGAUUCUGAAAAAACAAACGAAGAUGAUGAUUCUAGCGGGCUGGAGACUCAGCCUUCAGAUGACCUUGAAGAGCGUCAAGGAGCACUGCUUGAUCAACAACAAGAUAGUACGCAGCUUGGAGAAGAGAUUGCUCAACCAGUUGUUCCAAUUUCAGCAUGUGAAGAAGAGGUGCUGGUUACACUUCCUGUAAUCCCUGACGAGAAACUUGGGGAUUUCAAGUCAAUUCUAAAUGCUGGUGAUAUUGAAGAACUUACCUUGGAAGAGAAAAUCCAAUUUGUCUAUGCUCUUCAGAGACAAAACRGGACAACUCUACGCAAAAGAUUUUUGCAGCUAACCAAGCAACUGUCCCAGAAACAGCAAAUAAGGAAGGAGAUUCGUUACCAACACUCUGUCAACAUCUUGAAAAAGCGAAAAGUUAUUUUCAUGACGGUUAGUGGAGCUGCCAUUAGAGCAAGCUGGUUAGAGUCUAUCAAACCCUCAGUAAUAAUCGUUGAGGAGGCUGCAGAAAUCCUGGAAUCCCAGCUUGUUGCAGUAAUCCCAUCAUCCGUUCAACAUCUGGUCAUGAUUGGUGAUCAUAAGCAGCUACGCCCACAAGUGCAUUAUGAUGUACUGUGCCGCAAGUUUUACUUUCAUAUUUCAAUGUUUGAGCGCCUGAUCAAAGGUGGUCUUGAUUACGUCCAGCUGAACCAGCAAGGAAGAAUGAGUGAURACUUAGCACAACUGGUCAGAGAGCUGGGGAUUUAUAAGGAGUACAAGACCAGAGAUGAGGUCGUUCGAGCGAAUUGUUUGCCAAAUUGUCUGACCGUGCCAAUGUAUUUCUUCCAUCACGAUCACCAAGUGAAAACUCAUCCUUCAUCACACAGCAAGUAUAACAUUAAAGAAGCUCAUCAAAUCAUCCGGAUGGCAAAAUUUCUUUUGAAGAAUGGUGUUCCUCCUGAAAAAGUUACAAUACUGUGUUCGUAUCGUGGCCAGGUCAAUGAAUUCAACAACAUUAGGAAACAACCCAAUGUUGGUUGUGGUCUAACAGCUAUAAAAGUUACCACUAUUGAUUCCUUUCAGGGCAAGGAGAAUGACAUUAUCUUGUUGUCAUUAGUUUGCAAUAUUAGCAAAUCUAACAGUGAAGCUAAAAUUGGGUACCUCAGCUGUAAGAACAGAUUAUGUGUAGCCAUUUCAAGAGCUCGCUGUGGGCUAUAUCUCUUUGGUAAUGCAGAUCUCUUGAGCAAAAACUCUAAGAAAUAUUGGAAGAAGAUUAUUGAACUCAUGCGAAAAGAGAAGUGCCUUGGCAAUGAACUGUCUUUUUUAAAUCUGGAACAAUCUCCGUGCAUAAAAAAGACGUCCAUAGGAGAGGCACCAAAAACAGCCACAUUAAUAACAGAUUUGAAAAUUCUGCUUSAUCCUGAGGUAUCACUGAAAGACAGUUUUGCUCUCCUUGCUGAACAGUUUGGGUUAAAAAAAAAAGAAAUAGAUUAUCUCAGAUCAACUGGUAAACCCACCGAGAAACUGCUUGAUCAUAUCAGUGGCCGUACCAUUGGGGAAUUACAAGAUAAGAUCAAUAGCAUUGAAAGAAUUGAUGUCGCAGAUAAAGUUAAGGAUUAUAUUCUCAAGAAUUGUAAAUGUUUUGAAUGUACUACCACUUAAAAGAUGCCUAGCUGAGGUAAAAUUGUAUAAAGGGUAUUUUUAAGUUGUUUAGGAUGUAAUAUUUUAGGAAGGGGGUUUCUAUGGUUUUUAGUAUAGUUUAGAAUGAUACACAAACACAUCAGCUCUGCUGUAAUAUUGUGUUUUUAAACACAAGAUUAAAAGUGCACUCCAAGCAAAGCAAGGGCUCCGUAGUUCGACCCUUAGUGAUCUUACACACUUGUUUUAAAUGCUUCUCUCUGGGGCCGGGUUUGAGUACGUUUGAGUACGGCAARAAAGGAAGUGGUGAUGCUGAAUACAAUUUCAUGUCUUAAAUUACUGUUUUAGUCAGUCAUCAACUGUUUUCUGAUGAGAAAAACUUGAAAAACUAUUUUUAUGGAAAGAAGCAAUUUUUUUUGAGAUGAUAUUCGAAAUAUCAAUCAAAGGAGGUGUUUCUCUACGACUUCUCUCUUGCUCUACAGCUCCCAUCGUGUUUACAUCAUGGUAUAUAGACAGGCACGCCGUUUUACAUUCCUUAAAUAUAAACUUGAAUAUAUGGAUUGAUAUAUAUACACUCUAUUGCAGAAAUGUUGAUUUAAGACAUCGGGGUGUCUUCUAUCUUCCUGCAAAUGUUAUAAAGUGCUUUCCGUUUUGCUUUUCAACUUGUCUGUUCAGUUUAGUCUAGUUUGUGGGAGACUAUUAGAUCUAUGGCUGCAUUAUCAAUUGGUUUGGAAAACCGUCUACCCAGGAAUGGUAAAUGCAUUAGAUUUUUUUAAAAUUUUCAACAAAAUAAUAGUUUUUAUAGUAGAUAAAUGUUAAUUAAGACUUAAUUUAUUUAAGCAUAAUUUAUUUAAUAAUGAUAAUUAUUUUGUAAAUACGGCUGAAUAGACCGAUAUAUGAGUCAAACUCAUGAUUAAUGUUUAGGACUGAAGUUUAAUGGRAAAAAAAGCAAUUAUAACCAUGCAAAGCAAUAUGCAUACAAAGUGUCCUUCGUUAAAAUAUAAAUGUAAAUUCAUCAUUUGCUAGCACUUUACAAACAGACAGACUUAGCUCGAUCCAGGUGUUUGCAAGCAUAGUUAUAUACUAUGAGAAAAAUAUUAGUUUUAUUUGCUGUAUCCAACUUCUAAACUGUUAUUAUUUUAUAGACUGACAAUCRAGUCAAUAAAAUGUAGUUUAAAAACU